AUGGGCACUUCAAGAAGCACACUGAUAUCCUAUGGCGAACAGGUUGCUGAUUAUUUUUUGUUUAAUCCAAUUGCAGCAAGGCAAGAGAUGGCUGCUGCAGGCAUCCCUAAGAAACUGGCUUCAACAAUUGGUAUUGUUGUUGAUCAUCCUUGCAGGAAUCGGUUACUUGAGGGGCUUCAAGCUGAUGUCUUGAAAACCUACAAGGCCAAUUUCAUUAGUUGUCUUAAUCAAGCAACUCAAGUUCAUGGUGCCUACAUGCCUGUUGCGUGUGAGAAGCCAUCUGUAGAUCUUAUCAAGAUUACCAAGGAGAUGAAGCCAUUCAAUGCCUAUAGCAAGCUACGUGUGGAGCGGGCGAAUGAGAAUCACAUUGGUGCUAGGAUGAAGAGCGCUGCCCUCAAAUUGCAAUUCCUUUUUGUUGUUCUAAUAAUAAUAUGCUCUACUCUUUAA